AUGGAUUUCCCGUUUCUGCUCUUUGGAGAGGGCAGUGGACGCGGAUCACAAAGUACACAGCUGAGAUGGCUCGUCAUUCUCACACAGAAAGCUCAGCCAAUCAGGCGGGCGGGUGUUGCGCGGCCAUUGGUGGUACUGCCUUCACCGAAAGCUGACCUCGGUGGCCGGGUCAUUCUCGGCUAUACCGUGUCUAAGCCAGCACUUUCCGGGGUCGCGGAAACAAUCGCUGUCGGCGCUGGAGGGAAAAAAACGAGAAACGCCGAAACCCCCAACAAGCCUCACGAUCCCCCGUGCAACAACCGACACGAGGGACGCAACCCCACGGCGGCUCCCGAACAGGACAGAGACGGCUAUCUCGUGGCCGAAGCCUCGACAGCCAGCGAUCACGACCGAGUGCACGCAUUUCACAAAAUGGCGCACCGCUUCGUGGUUACCGCCUUCCUCACAGGCUCCCGCAUCCUGGGACGGUCGUUCAUGGCCGCCUACAAACAAGCCCAGGCGGCGUCCAACUACCAGCGCGCCCAGGCCAAGGUCAACGGCGGCUCCUCGUCGGCGCGCGCCUCCCUGUCGUCGGGCAUGACGCUCGACGAGGCGUGCCGGAUCCUCAACGUCAAGCCCCCGGCGAACGGGCAGGCCAACGUCGAGGAGGUGCUCGAGCGGUACAAGCGCCUGUUCGACGCCAACGAGCCGCAGAAUGGCGGCAGCUUCUACCUCCAGAGCAAGAUUGUGCGCGCCAAGGAGCGGUUCGAGCGGGAGAUUGGGCCGAUACGGGAGAAGGCGGAGGCGGAGGCGGAGACCAAGGACGGAUGGAAGCCCAAGGUCUACAAGGACCGGUAGGCUUAACGUCGUCGGGCCCAGAAACCCAAGUUUUUUUUGGGACACAUUGCUGCGGCGGCGCCCGUCCCCCCCUCCCCCGAUGUCUUGUGGCCAAGACAUGAUGGCCUGGCCCAGAGGGGGGGGGUAACAGCAGGCUUGGGUACCUGCCAAACUACGAAAGCCCGAUCGAACUCGUCCGGCAAAACAAGAAGCGCCUCCAACAGGUCGUCAAGACCACUUGGGGAACCGCAGCGUUCCCUAUGUAUACAUGUACAUCUUCACUCGACUGCGGCAUGGCACGGCGUUUAUGGGUGGCAAGCUAGAGGCACAGAUAGCCGCUGGAUCUUGGGUCUAGAGAAAAGGAGACACCCUUGUGUUAUUUAAUACACUGUGCAACAUGAUGAACUGAGUUGUUAAAGUUCGUUCAUUAAAUCG